GCGUCAAAAGAGCUCAAGUUGUGUUCCUGCUGCACAAGAGCGUCUGUACUUCUGCAGUAUGGCAGAGGAGCGAGUAAAGGACUUUCUCUCAGAGAAACACAGUGUGAGAUCAGGAUCAUGUGUGUCUCUGAAGAGUGACCGGUCUAAGGAUGAUCCACCAAAGUUCAGAGAGAAAACCCCAUCAUCUGCCAUCAGUAUGGCAGAGGAGCGAGUAAAGGACUCUCUCUCAGAGAAACACAGUGUGAGAUCAGGAUCAUGUGUGUCUCUGAAGAGUGACCGGUCUAAGGAUGAUCCACCAAAGUUCAGAGAGAAAACCCCAUCAUCUGCCAUCAGUUCACGUAGGAGGAAGAGAGCAGAAGCAGAGCCCAGCUGUGUGUCUAUGAAGAGUGACACGUCUAUGAGUCCACCAAUACAUUUUAAGAGUGGAAACACACAACCUGCUGUCAGUGUGGAUAGAGAUGAUCAGACUGGAGACCUGCAGCAGGAUUCGCUCCAACCAGAACAUGAUGAACUCCAGAGAGUCAAAGAGCAGCACAAAACCAGCAUGAAGAACAGGUAUGAGAGAUUAUUUGAGGGAAUCAACCAUCGAGAGACUCAAACCCUCCUGAACAGGAUCUACACACAGCUCUACAUCAUAGAAGGAGAGAGUGAAGGAGUGAAUGAAGAACAUGAGGUUUUACAGAUGGAGAAAACAGCCAGAACAAAACCCUCACAACACACUCCAGUCUACUGCAAUGACAUCUUUAAAGCCUCAGCUGGAGCAGGACAUGAGGAGAAGAUCAACAAGGAGAAAGCCCAGCUUAAGACUGUACUCACUAAAGGCAUAGCUGGAAUCGGAAAAACCGUCUCUGUGCAGAAGUUCAUUCUGGACUGGGCCGAGGGAAAAGCCAAUCAGGAUGUAGAUUUCAUGUUUGUGCUUCCAUUUCGAGAGCUGAACUUGAUCAGAGAUCAUCAGUACAGUCUUCACAGACUUUUGCUGGACUUUCAUCCUGAACUUGAAGAUCUGGAGCCCAAGAUUUAUGAGCAGUGUAGAGUUGUGUUCAUCUUUGAUGGUCUGGAUGAAAGCAGAAUCACACUGAAGUUUUCAGAUGAGGAGAAAGUUUGUGCUGUGACUGAAUCUUCAUCAGUGGCUGUGUUGAUGUGGAGACUCCUGAAAGGAGAUCUGCUUCCCUCUGCUCUCAUCUGGAUCACCUCCAGACCAGCAGCAGCCCAUCAGAUCCCCUCCAGAUACAUCAACCGUCUGACAGAAAUUCAGGGAUUCACUGAGCCUCAGAAGGAGGAAUAUUUCAGGAAGAGAAUCAGCGACGAGCAUCAAGCCAGCAGAAUCAUCUCACACAUCAGAAGAGCAAGAAGCCUCCAGAUCAUGUGCCACAUACCCGUCUUCUGCUGGAUCUCCUCCACUGUGCUUCAGAAGCUCCUGGAAGAAGAUCUGAGAGCAGAAAUCCCCCAAACUCUGACUGAGAUGUACAUCCACUUCCUGCUGAUUCAGAUCAACAUGAGGAAGCAGAAGUAUGAAGAGAGAGAUCCAAAGAAACUCCUGCAGUCCAGCAGAGGAGUGAUCCUCAAACUUGCUGAAGUGGCUUUCAGACAGCUGAUGAAGGGCAAUGUAAUGUUCUAUGAGGAGGACCUGAUUGAGAGCGGCAUAGACGUCACUGAUGCCUCAGUGUAUUCUGGGAUCUGCACUGAGAUCUUCAAGGAGGAAUCUGUGAUUCAUCAGAGGAAAGUCUACAGCUUCAUCCAUCUCAGCUUUCAGGAGUUUCUGGCUGCUUUCUUUGUGUUUUACUGCCGUUUAACAAAGAAGAGAGAACCGCUGGAGUUGAUUUAUGAGAGAGAAUAUUCAUAUAAUCAAUAUCUACAGGCCAGCUCUGAGAAGUCUCUGUAUGAUCUGCUCAGAUCAGCAGUAGAUAAAGCUGUCAGGAGUAGUAAUGGUCAUCUGGAUCUGUACCUGCGGUUCUUGCUGGGCAUCUCACUGGAGUCCAAUCAGAGACUCUUCCAGAAUCUGCUGACACACACAGAGGAGAGCUCAGAGAGCAUCAGGAGAAUCACACAGGACAUUAAAGACAAGAUCAAGAGAGAUGACCGUCUCUCAGCUGAAAGAUCCAUCAAUCUGUUCCUCUGUCUGCUAGAGGUGAAAGAUCAGGCUCUGGCCAGAGAGAUUCAGGAGUUUGUGAAAUCAGACAAACACUCAGAGAAGAAACUCUCUCCUGCUCACUGCUCAACAAUCUCCUACAUGAUUGAGAUGUCAGAGGAGCCGCUGGAUGAGUUAGACUCUAAUAAAUUCAACACAUCAAAUGAGGGAAGAUGGAGACUGAUACCAGCUGUGAGAAACUGCAGAAGGGCUCUGCUACAGAGCUGUAUUCUCACUGUUCAGUGCUGUGAGAGUUUGUCUUCAGCUCUACAAUCCUCAAACUGUGUCCUGAGAGAGCUGGACCUGAGUAACAAUGACCUGCAGGAUUCAGGAGUGAAGCUUCUCUCUGAUGGACUGAAGAGUCAACACUGUAAACUGGAGACACUGAGACUACAGUGGUGUAAACUCAAUGUUCAGUGCUGUGAGAGUUUGUCUUCAGCUCUACAAUCCUCUAACUGUGUCCUGAGAGAGCUGGACCUGAGUAACAGUGACCUGCAGGAUUCAGGAGUGAAGCUUCUCUCUGAUGGACUGAAGAGUCAACACUGUAAACUGGAGACACUGAGAUUGGUCAUGUGUAAACUCACUGUUCAGUGCUGUAAGAGUUUGUCUUCAGCUCUACAAUCCUCAAACUGUGUCCUGAGAGAGCUGGACCUGAGUAACAAUGACCUGCAGGAUUCAGGAGUGAAGCUUCUCUCUGAUGGACUGAAGAGUCAACACUGUAAACUGGAGACACUGAGAUUGGUCAUGUGUAAACUCACUGUUCAGUGCUGUAAGAGUUUGUCUUCAGCUCUACAAUCCUCAAACUGUGUCCUGAGAGAGCUGGACCUGAGUAACAAUGACCUGCAGGAUUCAGGAGUGAAGCUUCUCUCUGAUGGACUGAAGAGUCAACACUGUAAACUGGAGACACUGAGAUUGGUCACGUGUAAUCUCCCUGUUCAGUGCUGUGAGAGUUUGUCUUCAGCUCUACAAUCCUCAAACUGUGUCCUGAGAGAGCUGGACCUGAGUAACAAUGACCUGCAGGAUUCACGAGUGAAGCUUCUCUCUGAUGGACUGAAGAGUCAACACUGUAAACUGGAGACACUGAGAUUGUCUGGCUGUAUGGUGACAGAGGAAGGCUGUGGUUUUCUGUCUUCAGCUCUGACUUCAAACCCCUCACACCUGAGAGAGCUGGAUCUGAGCUACAAUCAUCCAGGAGAUUCAGGAGUCAAGCUGCUCUCUGAACAACUGGAGGAUCCAAACUACACACUGGACAAACUCAAUCUGGAUCAUGGAGGACACACAAGGAUUACAGCAGGACCACACAAAUAUGUCUGUUUCCUCACACUGGAUCCAAACACAGCAAACACUCGUCUCAUUCUGUCUGAGGAGAACAGAGAGGUGAAGAGUGUGAGAGAGAAUCAGCCGUAUCCUGGUCAUCCAGACAGAUUUGAUGUUUAUCCUCAGGUGUUGUGCAGAGAGAGUGUGUGUGGACGCUGUUACUGGGAAACUGACUGGAGUGGAGAUCAUGUGUGUAUAUCAGUGUCAUAUAAGAGCAUCAGGAGGAAGAGACAAGGUGUUGAGUCUUGGUUUGGAUUUAAUGCUCAGUCCUGGAGUUUGAGCUGCUUUUCCUCCAGUUUCUUAUUCAUACACAAUAACACACACACUGAUCUCCCAGUGAAGCGGCUCAGCAGGAGAAUAGGAGUGUUUGUGGAUCACAGUGCAGGAACUCUGAUCUUCUACAACAUCUAUAGAGACACAAUGAGCCUCAUCCACUCAGUCCAGACCACAUUCACUGAGCCGCUCUGGCCUGGGUUUAGGCUUUAUUCUGGAUCAUCAGUGAAACUGAGCUGAAGACUGAUGAGAGAUUUACCCACAAUCCUCAGCAGUGUGCGUGCGUGCGUGCGUGCGUGUGUGAGAGAGAAUUGUAACUCCACAGCAGAUGUAACAGCAGCUCUCCUUCCUCCACAUUCCAGACAGCGUCCUUAUAACACACUGUUGUUCAAAGGUUUCAGCUUCAUUUCUGCUCUUGUAAUACUUCAGAUCUAUUGUAAUUCUGGACCUAACGAACGCUUUAAAACUCUAAAUCUCUUGAUCAUGUUCAUCAUCUGUUCUGUUUCUUCUUGUGAUAAGUAGAGCAAAUUUUGCUGGAGCAACUAAACAGUGAAUGAACUGCCAUUUCAGUUUGUGUUUCUGACUAUAGCCCGCUCCAGAAUAAACUUACAUUGAGUCCAAUUCUGUCCACAUCUGCUCAACAUAUCAAACUAUUGUGUUCAGCGUCUCCACUCCAGAUAGCGAUGAUCCACAGUCUCUCCAUGUCCACAGAAGAUACACUUGUCAUGGACACUAGAGUUAACAACACAUAUGAAAGCAUUCACUGCCACAUUCCCCUGCAGAAUCCUCCAUUGUAAAUCCCCAACACGUUUUGUCAAUGGUGGUUUAUACCAAACUCUCCACACUGGUUUCCCCCUACAGUAUCAUCAAAUAUCCAUUCUUUCUGUUCAUCUGCCUCUGUCUUCUCUCUGAUCCCUAAUAAUAAUCCUAACAUUAGACAUUUGUUUGGACCUCAUGUUCUCUCUUCAACAAGCAGCUUUUCUCUUCAUUCUGCAGGCUGUUCGCUAUGGCAGUUGGUCAGAUAUUUGUAAGCUAGCCUAUAAUAAACAGCAGAGUUAUUCUGCAAUCAGGUGAUGUGCUCCAUCAGGCGCAGUCAUCUGAAUAGUA